CUGUUGAGUUUGUAGCAGGAAGUUGGAAUGUAGGGAGAGCCGGAAGAGGAUCUGUUAGGAGUAAAAACAGCAGUGUUUUCUAAGUGCAGAGCUUCUGUCGACGCUAUUUUAUUGUUAUUAUUUUUAACUGAACUUCACCGGAACAGAAUUUGCAGAUAAAAUGUGGCGAGCAGCGGCCGGCCAGCCCGUCUCUGUCGACGUUCCCGACGGUGGAGACGACUGGGAGACGGAUCCAGACUUUGAGAACGAUGUAACAGAAAAGGAACAGCGCUGGGGUGCCAAGACUGUGGCGGGUUCUGGACAUCAGGAACACAUUAACAUCCACACACUACGUGAGAACGUCUCUACUGAGCACAGCCACCUGAAGCAGCAGGAGCUGGAGACCAUGCCCAAGGCCUCCCAUGGGUACGGGGGCAAGUUCGGCGUGCAGCAGGACCGUAUGGACAAGUCUGCUGUGGGCCACGAGUACCAGAGCAAACUGUCCAAGCACUGCUCCCAGACGGACACGUCCAAAGGCUUCGGAGGCAAGUUUGGAGUGCAGGCAGACCGUGUGGACCAGUCUGCGGUUGGAUUUGAGUACGCUGGAAAGACGGAGAAACAUGCUUCACAGAAAGACUAUGCUACGGGGUUUGGGGGCCGGUACGGGGUGCAAGCAGACCGGGUUGACCAGAGUGCAGUAGGCUUCGAUUACCAGGGCAAAACAGAAAAACAUGAGUCCCAGAAAGAUUAUGCCAAAGGCUUUGGGGGAAAGUUCGGUGUGGAAACGGACAAGGUGGACAAGAGCGCGGUGGGCUUUGAGUACCAGGGGAAAACGGAAAAGCAUGAGUCUCAGAAAGAUUACGUGAAGGGCUUUGGGGGGAAGUUUGGAGUUCAGACUGACCGGCAGGACAAAUCAGCCAUGGGCUGGGACCACCAGGAGAAACUCCAGCUCCACGAGUCCCAGAAAGAUUAUAAGCGGGGUUUCGGAGGGAAGUACGGGGUAGAGUUGGAGAAGCAGGACAAAUGUGCACUUGGCUUUGAGUACAAGGAGAAACUGGCAAAGCACGAGUCACAACAAGACUACGCCAAAGGCUUUGGUGGGAAAUUUGGCGUCCAGCAGGACCGAAUGGACAAGAGUGCUGGCACUUUUGAAGAAGUUGAAAAGCCAACCCCCGCCUAUCAAAAAACUAAACCUGUUGAAGCAGUUGGCAGCAGCACGGGGAGCAUCAAGGCACGCUUUGAGAACAUCGCCAAACAGAAGGAGGAGGAGGACCGCAAGCGGGCGGAGGAGGAGAGGCUGCGCCGCCAGGCCAAGGAGAGGGAGGAGCAGGAGGCGGCCCGCAGGAAGACUGAGGAGCAGGCCAAAGCCAGGCCCCCCUCCCCAGACCCCAGCCCUGCACUGGCUGCAGAGUCCCAGCAGCAGGAUAUGCCCACCAGCCACCAGUAUGAGGACGCUGGCGCCUACGAGACCACGGUUGAGAACGGGUCCCAUGCGCACCAGCCGGAGCCCAGCGGCCCUGAGGAGCCGCGGGAGGAGCCGCAGGAGGAGCCGCUCUACCAGGACCCUGAUGAGGAGGCCCCCGACCGUGCAGAGGGCCAGGCCUAUGCAGAGUAUGGGGAAGAUUUGGGGGUGACGGCUGUGGCUCUCUAUGAUUACCAAGCAGCUGGCGAUGACGAGAUCUCCUUCGACCCCGACGACAUCAUUACCAACAUCGAGAUGAUUGACGAGGGUUGGUGGAGGGGCGUGUGCAAAGGGGCCUAUGGGCUCUUCCCCGCAAACUAUGUAGAGGUCCGGCAGUGAGCUGUUCUGCCCUCGAACCUGCCACCCUGCCUUGCUCACACACACACAUACACACCCACCCACACACACACACACCCAUUCACCCACACACACACCCGCACACAUACACACCCAACCACACACAAACACACACA